AUGGCAGAUUAUCAAGAAACCACCACCGAAAUUUCAUACACAGAGUAUAAUGCUAAUUUGACAUCUCUUAAUAAAGCUUCUUAUCAAAAAUCAAAUAAUCAAUCAUCUUUGCCUGAUGGAUAUAAUUUAUUUGUUAAACCG